UCACACAGCUGGAGUUGCAUAGCGUAGGUCGACUUAGCCUUAUAAAUUCACUGUGUUCCCUUUUACUCUUUGAAAGUAUCAAAAGGAGAACAGCAAGCUGUUGGGCCUGAAGUCGAAUCUGUAGAACAAACAACAUAUGCUCUGUGUAUAUAUGACUUCUAAGGCCCCCAAGGAAAAUCCUGAUGCAACCGUGGGCCUUGCUACACUACAGGGGGAGAUUGAUCUAAGUUACGCAACCUCAGCUAUGUGAAUAACAUAGCAGAAGCCGACAUACUUAGAUCUACCUACUGCGGGGUCCACACUAUGCAAUGUCAACUGGAGAUGUUCCACGUAGACGUCCCUUGUGCUUCUCCUUCGGAAGUGGAGUACAGUAGAUGGGAGAGCAAUCAGUGGUCAAUUUAGUGGGCCUUCACUAGACCCACUAAAUCGACCACCAAUGCAUUGAUUGUCACCUGUUGAAACACCCUGCUCCAUUUCCUCCUCUCCCUCCCAGUGUAGACAAGCCCUUAGCUAUGGAUUCACCAUUGGUGCUUCCUUAAGGAGAUAUUCCCAUUGUCCAGGACUCCUGAUAUUUAAACACAAAGUUUCUAAUGUGGAGUUCAGGGUUCCUGUGCUUUUAUGUUAGAUUCACAUGCACAGAAUGCUGCCUCCCUCAGGUGCCUCUUUCUGGGCUUCUGCUUGAGAGUUAUACACCUGGAACGUCCUCCUUUCAGAGAAGUUCUGAAUAUAAUGAAAACAUAUCUUUAGUGCAUGUGAUAAACUUAAUGGAGCAGAAUCAAAAGUGUCUUUCUUCCUACAAGUUCUCCAUUGUCUCUUAUUGAAACCUGAAGAUGAUGAUGUUGUCUUACUGUGUUAAUGGCAUCUUUUAGCAAGUAAAAGUGGGCAGGAUGCCCUUCAUGUUGAUGGAGCUCUUGGGGUUGAAUAUUGUUACAGGAGGCUUGUGCUGUAUGUGGCUGAGCACUAAGCACCACCAUUCUAGGAGCAAGACAGCAGGACAGGAAAUAGUACCCUGAGUUUCUCUCACCUAGCUGUGCAGAGCUAUUAGACCAGUAUACCAGAUACUUCAGUCAAUGCAUGAUUUCACCCCUGUGUUCUUCUGUUCACAUAACUAAAGAUGAGUAAGAACAAGGACGAUGCUCCCCAUGAGCUGGAAAGCCAGUUUAUUCUGCGGCUGCCUCCGGAAUAUGCCUCCACUGUGAGGAGGGCAGUACAAUCUGGAAGUGUCAACUUGAAGGAUAGACUUACUAUUGAAUUACACCCGGAUGGGCGUCAUGGAAUUGUCCGUGUAGAUCGCGUCCCAUUAGCUGCCAAGCUGGUGGACCUGCCCUGCAUCACGGAGAGCUUAAAAACCAUAGAUAAGAAAACAUUCUAUAAGACAGCGGAUAUUUGUCAGAUGCUCGUGUGUACUGUGGACGGUGAUCUCUACCCUCCUCUGGAAGAGCCAACUGUGAGUACUGACCCCAAGGCAAACAAGAAAAAGGACAAGGACAGAGAGAAGAAAUUCAUCUGGAACCAUGGCAUUACUCUUCCUCUGAAGAAUGUAAGGAAGAGGCGGUUCAGGAAAACAGCUAAGAAGAAGGCCCAGUACAUUGAGUCUCCAGACGUGGAAAAGGAGGUGAAGCGUCUGCUGAGUACAGAUGCUGAAGCUGUCAGUGUCCGCUGGGAAGUCAUUGCUGAAGAUGAAACAAAGGAAGCAGACAACCAUGGUUCACUCACCGGCUUGGACAUCUCCUCUCCUGGGAUGUCUGGACACAAGCAGGGCCAUGGCUCAUCGGAACAUGAUGAGUUGCGGGAAAUAUUUAAUGACAUUAGCAGCAGCAGUGAAGAUGAAGAUGAGAGAGAUCAUCAUGAUGAUGAAGAUUUGAAUAUCAUGGACACAGAAGAAGACUUGGAGAGGCAACUGCAGGACAAACUGAAUGAAUCUGAUGGGCAGCAGCAGGAGAACGAGGGAACAAACCAGAUAGCCAUGGGGAUCCAAAAGCAGAUUGACAACCUGAAGGGUAAACUCCAGGAGACCCAGGAACGGAGAAAGCGCCAGGAAGAUCUCAUCAUGAAAGUAGAGAAUCUUGCCCUCAAGACCCGUCUCCAGGCUGUGCUAGAUGAAUUCAAACAGCAGGAAGACCGAGAGAAGCAGCAGCUCACCUCUCUGCAAGAACAACUGGAAUCCCUUAUGGAGAAGUGAGGAGGGCUUUUGAUCAGGGAAGAAGCUGUACCCGCCAAGCGGGCAUAGUGCUGAGCUGGAUGCUUAACCCAUGGGUUCUGGAGCCAUCCUUUGUGCUGAAGACCCAACGUUACUGGCACGACCUCACUGCCUAUAAGCCUACUCUUGUUAAUGUUGGCACUCUAUAUUCUCCUGGACAUUGUUUCUAGAGCUGCUGGCUGAUGUUCCUUGUGCUGGACAGUGUAGCCCAAACCAUUAACCUUUGAAGAAAAGGCACUAAUCUGGAGUUGGUCCUCUGAGAGCAGCAGAAACACAUGGGUAGUGGUUUAGUUGCACCGCUGGGGGAGAUAGUUCCUUGACUAGUUUGACCCAUCUUUCUCUAAGCAGAAAUCAUUCAUACCUUGGAACACGCCUUCAAAGGCACUUUGCUUCCCGACAGGCUAAUCCACAGCACUGUCGCUCUGGGUCACCUUAGCUCAUAGUGCCAGAAAGCUGUGCUGAGCAAAGGGCAGGAAUUAACUCCCCUAUGCACUGUGCAGACCUUAAGGAGCAGAGUCAGGUCAGGGCAUCACCUGGUUGUUGCUAUCAUCUGAGCCUGCAAACCAGCAUUCUUUGAGGGGGACAUCUGCUUCCUUAACAGACUUUGAUGGGUCUGCAGUGGUGGGAGUUUGUGCUCAUGCUUGGGGAAUAUCUGCUUGACCAAAAACUAGAAUGAAUAAAGUGUGUGUUUCCAA